CCGCAACAUUACUUACAUUUGAAUGGCGAAGGGCGGGAAAAGGGAACGUCCAUGUGCUGCGGCAGCGCGGGUGACCGGCAUGUGCCCAGUCUGCAGCCACAGCUGUCUCACAGCACGACAGGGGUGCUGCUUAUGGCUCCAGUCCGGCUCCUAUGAGAGCAGCCAAGAACUUUGGACCAUCCUGUUGGGCCGCACAGCUUUAAGAGACCCCAUACACAUAAAGACGGAGCUUGAACAAUAUGGAGGAAGAUUCAUUCAGGGAUUGGCGUUCUACAAACCUCCUAGCACAAGCUCCGCAGACAAGGUGAAAGCCAACAAGACUGUAGCUCCAGCACUGAAGGAGCUUGGGUUGCGUAUCAGCAAGUUUCUGGGUCUGGAUGAGGAACAGAGUGUACAGCUGCUGCAAUGCUAUAUCCAGGAUGAUUACAGAGGCACCCAGGACUCCAUAAAGCUUGUGCCGCAGGAUGAGAGGCAGAGUCAGGCAUUGCUGCUAAAGAUGGCAGAAUAUUACCAAGAAGAGAGAAUGUGUAUGCUGCGUUGCGUUUUACUUUUGCUGACUUAUUUCCAAGAUGAAAAGUAUGCAUAUAAGAAAGAGUUCAAUGAUUGCAUGGAUAUGCUGGAGCAGGGGAAGUUAAUAGAAAACUAUUGCAAGCAACUGGAGAAUCUCAGCAAAGAAGAUGCGCCAACGUGGGAAACGCAUGGGAACCUUAUGACGGAGCGCCAGGUGUCCCGCUGGUUCACGCAUUGUCUCCGGGAGCAGGCCAUGCUGCUGGAGAUCAUCUUCCUGUACUACGCCUACUUCACCAUUUCCCCCACCAAGCUCUUGGCGCUCACUAGGCUUUUCAAGGAGCAAGGCUUUGGGCGCAGGCAACAAAAUCGUCACUUGGUGGAACCAAGCCUGGACCCUUUAAUAGACCGAAUCGGGUACUUUGAAGUUCUCAUUCUGUUGGAGGCAAUAGAUAUGGACUCUCUGCAGGACUGUGCUUUCAAGGAUGAAAUCGAGCACCCAUUUACCAAAGAGCAACAGUUCUGCAAGGACAUGGACAGUAUCCUGUUGACCUUAGGGGAUAUCCCUCACCAUGCGCCAGUCCUCUUGGCCUGGGCUCUGCUACGGCACACGCUGAACCCAGAAGAAUCUGCUACAACCAUCCGGAAAAUGGGCAGUGCCGCUAUACAGCUUCAUGUCUUCCAGUAUCUGACACGUAUGCUACAAGCCCUUGGCAGUGGUGAGAAUAAUUGCACAACCACCACAGCCUGUGUGUGCGUCUACAGCCUGCUGUGCUUUGUCCUCACCUCCCUGGAGGAGCAUACGCUGGGGAAACAGCAGGAUAUUAUCGAUACGGCUUGUCAGGUGCUGACCGCUCCAAACCUGUCUGACCUCUUUUGGAACACGGAGCCAACUACUGGAUUGGGAAUCUUACUGGACAGUGUAUGUGGCAUGUUCCCCUACCACCUGGCGCCUCUACUCCAGCUGUUCACUGCUCUCGUCUCCAAUAGGGCUUCCGCUAAGAAGGCAUACUCCUUCCUGGAUAAGAUGUCGUUUUACACAGAGCACUACAAGCACAAGCCUCAUGAUGUCCAUGCACACGAUGACGAAACGCUUUGGAGGCGACAGACUCCUAAGUUGCUCUAUGCGUUAGGACUGGGACAGACCAACCUGCGUAUACCUCAGGGGACCAUCGGUCAGGUUAUUUCCGACGAGCGCGGUUUCUUUGUUCGCUGGGAAUACUCGUACAGUAGCUGGACCCUCUUCACUUGUGAGGUUGAGAUGCUCCUGCAUGUUGUGUCCACAGCAGAUGUGAUACAGCAUUGUCAAAGGGUAAAACCAAUCAUUGACCUUGUGCACAAGGUCAUCAACACCGAACUGUCCAUAGCAGACUACCUCCUGCCCAUCACAUCCCGCAUUUACUUGCUCUUACAGAGGCUAACCACUGUAAUGAACCCUCCUAUGGACUUUAUUGCUUCCUGUGUUAACUGUCUGACUGUGUUGGCAGCACGCAUGCCUGCUAAGGUUUGGACAGACUUGAAUCACACAGGAUUCCUGCCGUUUGCCGCAAACCCCAUUUCGAGCCACAUUAUCAGCAUUGAGGGGAUGAGUGCUGGAGGAUAUGGGACACUUCUGGGGAUUGAGCAGUCCCAGGGGGAGUAUAGCGUCACCAUCUCGUUCCUCCGCCUUGUUACCACACUAGUAAAGGGUCAGCUGGGCAGUACUCAGAGCCAAGGUCUUGUUCCUUGCAUCCUGUUUGUGCUACGGGAAAUGCUUCCUAAUUACCACAGGUGGCGCUAUAACUCUAAUGGUGUGAGAGAGAACCUUGGUCACCUGAUCCUGACUCUGAUCCAUGCCAUCCUCAACCUCUGCCCAGACAAUGAUCCACAUAGCAGCACCCCAAACCUGCAGAGCUUGUGCAUCUUCAGCCUGACGAAUACAGAGGCAGGACAAGCGGUCAUUAAUAUCAUGGGAAUUGGAGUUGAUAGACUCAACCUGGUUAUGGCUACGCAGGCAGGGAGCAGCGGAACAGAAGGUCAAGGCCAGAUGUUAAUCCAAACCGUAAAGCUGGCAUUUUCUAUCACCAAUAAUGUCAUCCGGCUAAAGCUGCCAUCUAGUGGCGUGUCCCCCUUGGAGCAGUCACUCACGCAGCACGGACCACACGGGAACAAUCUGAUUGCUGUCCUGGCCAAAUAUAUAUAUCAUAAAUGUGAUCCUUCUUUGCCAAGGCUGGCUAUCCAAGUGCUGAAACGUCUGGCUACUGUGGCUCCUAUGUCUGUGUAUGCCUGCCUGGGAAGUGAUGCAGCCGCUAUCCGGGACGCUUUCCUCAACCGCCUGCAGUAUAGCUUAGAGGACUUGCAGACCAAGAUCGUGAUUUUGGAAUUCCUCCGGGUUGCUGUGGAGACUCAGCCAGGUCUCAUUGAGCUCUUCCUGAACUUGGAGGUCAAGGAUACCAGUAGUGGAAAUAAGGAAUACAGCCUGGGGCAGUGGAGCUGUCUACAGGUCGUGUUGAACCUAAUAGACUACAAGCAGACUGAGCAAGUUUGGUACAACUUGCAACUACAUCGAUCCGCGAUCGCCUUUCUGCACGCCUUGUGGCAAGAUCGUCGUGAUAGUGCAAUGACAGUAUUAAGAAUCAAGCCUCAUUUUUGGGAGAACCUGACAGGUCCUCUUUUUGGAACACUUAUGCCCCCUUUGGAAUCGUCAGAUCUCAGUGUUUUGGAAACCUGUGCGUUCAUCAUGAGAAUACUCUGCCUGGAAAUUUACUACGUGAUUCGGGGAUCACUUGACGCCUCUCUGAAGAGCAUAUUGGAGAAAUUGUCCAAAAAUGAGCGUUACACUUACUGGUCGAAUUACGUGCAUUCACUGGUGUGUCGUGUUGCAGAGACUGAAGGCAGCUGCAGUUCACUCACUGAGUGCCAGAUGUUGCUGUCAGCCUGGCGUAUGCUGCUAAUCAUUUCCACACAUUAUGCGGAUGUGAUGCACCUGACAGACGUCCGGGUACGACAACAGCUGUUCCAGGAUGUCUUGAAGGGCACAGAAGUUUUGUUCCAGGUCCCCAGUUCAGUGGCUUGUCUUCAGCUCGGUUCUAUGCUCUGUACCUUGAUGAUGGUUCUACUGAGACGGUGGAAAAAUGAGCUCCGUUCACCUAGGGACAUCCUGGAAUCUCUGGGAAAGAUCUUAGAGGGCGUCCUGCAGGCAGAUGAUCAACAAAUGGAAAAGACUAAAGCACGCGUUUUCUCGGGUUUAAUUUCCGUGCUAGAAGUCAAGCAGAUGAAAGCCAGCGAAAUACCGCAGUACCAGCAGCUGGUGCUAAGUGUGUGUGAGAACCUACAGGAUGAGGUGGUGGCACUUAUUGAUCAGACAAGACAUGGACUUACGGCUGGAGAUGGAACGGAGGACAAGGACAGUAUGGAGACCGAGGAUACGUCACGGACCAGACAAAAGGAACAACGUGAUGGGGUCUGUGUGCUGGCGUUAUACCUAGCCAAGGAGUUAUGCCAGGCUGAUGAAGAAGGAGAUCAGUGGUUACAGGUCAUCAGGAAGUCACCGGUAUUGCCAAUGCUUUUCAGUGCCCUGGAGAUCAGCCUGCGGGUCAAGCAGAACCUCCAUUUUUGUGAAGCAGCUUUCCACCUCCUGUUCACAUUGGCUAAAACUCACCAGGGGGCAGCUGCCAUAGUAGGAGCUGGCAUCACGCAAAGUGUGUGUUUGCCUCUGCUGAGUGUCUACCAACUCAGUACCAAUGGCGGGAGCAUGGCUCAGCCGCCGCUCUCUUCCCGUAAAACUCUCGAUGCUCCUUCGUGGCCUGGCGUAUACCGGUUGACAGUCUCCCUUAUGGAAAGGCUGCUAAAGACGAUGAGAUACAACUUCCUAACGGAGGCCUUAGACUUUGUAGGUGUUCACCAGGAGAGGAUAUUGCAGUGUCUGAGUGCAGUGCGCACAGUACAGAGUUUGGCCUGUCUGGAAGAGGCUGACCACACUGUAGGCUUCCUGCUGCAACUCUCAAACUUCACCAAAGAAUGGCACUUCCACUUACCACAGCUAAUGAAGGAUAUCCAGGUUAGCUUAUGUUACUUGUGCCAGUCUUGCACAUCCCUUCUGUAUAGUCGGAAGAUGCUGCAGCAUUACUUACAGAUAAAGAGCGGAGAAGCUGUCACAUCAGGUGCCACCCCUCGUGGUCAGAGAACUCCACAAACUCCUUCCAAACAGCCGACCCCUGAGAGUGAGGCCCUGGAGCUGAGAGCGCUGAGGACUGUCCAGCAUAGCCUGCUAAAGAUCCUCAGCAAGACGCUGGCCGCACUGCGAGCUUUCACUCCAGAUCUCUGCCAGAUCCUUCAGCCUCUGGACCUCGCACAGUAUCAGUUGCUUUUAGCAUUCAACUUCAGCACCCCAGCGUUUGAUGCAGACAUUGCACCCUCGUUUGGGACCUUCCUGGCCACUGUGAACGUGAUGCUGAAUAUGCUGGGAGAGAUGGAUAAGAAAAAAGAUCCGCCAUUUCCCGCAGCAGCUCCCCCCAGCCCGUCAGAAGAGAGCAAGAACCUCAAGCCUCUGCUGCUAUUUAUCAUCGAGAACUGUUUCUACCUGUCCAUAUCACAAGCCGUGCGGUAUCUGCGGGACCCAUCAGUCCACCCCCGGGACAAGCAGCGCAUGAAGCAGGAGCUAGGCUCUGAGCUGAGCACCCUCAUCUCAAGCCUGAAUCGUUACAUCCGGCGAGGGAUCCCUUCCUCUCCUGCUGGUGGUCUCCUACCUUCCCCUCAGCCAAAGGCUGCAGCCGCUGCCAAAGUGGCCCCUGAAGCACAGGAGCCCAUAAUCCAACUGGUUCAAGCCUUCAUACGACAUGUCCAGAGAUAAGUGAUGUCUGCCAUGAGCACUUCCUCUGGACUUUGGAUGGGGACUUGUUAAGCAGUGUACAUAAGGUGCUCCUGUACCUACCAUGGACCAUUGUGAAAGGUACAGGGGGAGCUCACAGGGUACUGUAUAAUAGCGCUGCCAUCAGUAAGGGACACAGAUCAUUUUCGGACCAGACAAUGUCAGCCACUACCACCUCAAAUGCAUAUAUGGGACACAAAGGGGGUGACUGUGGCUGAACCGCCACAGCUGAAAUACAGUACUUGCAGAGACUCUGUCCUCCGAUACACGGCAUGCAGUGCUUGACAUUCAUUUGCCUGUGUGCUCGCUUCUCUUUUUGUAUGGAUUUUUUUUUUUGGUAACUUGUAUUUUUUUUUUUUGGAACUUACAUCCUAUUUAUACCAAAAGUAAAAGAAACCCGUUUCCA